UGAUGUUGGCUCUCUUGUUUCCACUUUGACCAGCAGGGGGCAGGGUAGCUUCAGGUUGACAAACCUGGCAGCGAUCUCGGGGUCUGACUUGAUUGAAGGCGGUGCAUGUGAUGACGGAUGAGUCUCUGAUUGACUGAAAAGUUUGGGCUAUGUUUUGGGGUUUGUCUCCUCCCUCACCGAAUUCCAUACAAAGCCAUCAACUCAUUCUGGAAAGUUUCACUCCUCACAAGACAACGACGCUGCAUUUUGGAUUUUGACCUCCUCAAAUCUGAUGGCCAGGUUGGGUGCGCUGCUGUGCGGUUUUGCGCUGGGCCUCCUGGGCUGGUUGGGCAUCUUGGUCGCCACGGCCAGCAACGACUGGCUUGUUCUGUGCAGGCACAGUCAAUUGUCCGCCUGCAGGAUGUUUGACAUUGUGAGGACCAAAGGCCCGUGGGCUGAAUGUUCCUCCACCGCCUCCAACGGAAUGCAGACCUGCUUACCCUUCCAGAUCUUCGACCUGCCUGUUUACGCCCACGUGACUCGUGCCCUGAUGGUCACGGCCUCCAUCUUGGGCCUGGUUGCCAUGGUGAUGGUGGCCACGUCCAUGCCCUGCAUCCGCCUGGGUAGUGACGCCCAGAAUUCCAAGAACAAGAGUGCCGCCGUCGGGGGUGUCCUCAUGCUCAUCGCCGGGCUGUGCGGGCUGCUUUCCACCGUCUGGUUCUUCAUUGGCGAGAACCUGAAUGAGCAGGUGAUGUCCUUUGGCUUUGCGCUGUACGCCGGCUGGGCGGGCGUGGUCUUGUCCCUUUUGGCCGGCGUCAUCCUGAGCUGCUGCUCCUCAUCGCCGGCGUCCCGUCCGUACCAGGACCACGGCAGGGUCUACUUUUCCAAGAUGGGGGCAGAGGCCACUGCGCCAGCCGCCACGUUGUCAUCUCCCAACCACACCAAGAGUGUCCAUGUCUGAUGAGGUCAAAGGUCAUCUCUCUCGGUGGAUG